CCCGCCUCCAGCCGGUGGGCAUGAUAGAAACUUCACUCCACUCCCAUGGCUGAUGAUAUUCUCAGUUUCUAAGACUCUAUGAGCUUCUUUACUCCAUUAUCAAUGAUUCAAAACAUAUCUCUGAAACACUCAACCCGAACUUCAUCAAGGAAAUUAGCCCACAUGUUGCUCCAAACCGUGUACAAGUCCAGCGGAGGAGGGAGACCAAAACAGAAGGUUUACCAUAGAAUUCAUGAGUUGGACAGAGUAAUGGAUCUUCAGAAGAAGCCGUCCUUGAUUUUACAGCUAAAAUCCAUUAUCGAGUCUCAAAGAUACCAGAGCCUCCUUCUCAGAGACCUUGAAAAGGAAGUAGGGUUCGUUCAGAAGUGGAAUUUCAUAAAUGCCAUUGAAAGGUACCCUACAAUUUUCUAUGUCACUGGUGGUACUGGAAAGCCUCCUGCAGUUAUGCUGAGUAAGAAAGCUAGGGAAAUUGCCGCAGAAGAAGAAAAAGUGCGAUUGGAAAUGGAACCCAUUCUGGUAAAUACCUUGCGGAAGUUGUUAAUGUUAUCAGUUGAUUGUAGAUUGCCUUUGGAAAACAUUGAUUUGAUUCAAAAUGAAUUAGGGUUACCUCAUGAUUACAAGAAUUCUAUGAUCUCAAAAUACCCACAAUUUUUCUUGAUGAAAUGCGUUAAUGGGAGAGAUUGUCUUCACCUGGAGAAUUGGGAUUCUUCAUUGGCAGUCACUGCUAGGGAGCAAAGUUUGCUGUGUGAGAAUGAUUUGAUUUUUGAUGAAAAGAAAGCAAGAAUAUCCAAAGACGGGAACUUUUCUGGUCCGUUUUCUUUUCGUUUGAGUUUUCCAGCUGGUUUUAGGCCUAACAAGAGUUAUCUUGAGGAAGUUCUAAGAUGGCAGAAGUUGGAGUUCCCAUCUCCUUACUUGAAUGCAAGAAGAUUCGACAUUUCCGAUCCAAAGGCCAGAAAAAGAGUGGUGGCGGUGCUUCAUGAAAUGCUUAGUUUGACCAUGGAGAAGCGGUUGACCUCUGCUCAAAUAGAGGCAUUUCAUUCUGCAUAUAGGUUGCCAGCCAAACUAUUGCUUUGCUUGAUCAAACAACAUGGUAUGUUUUACAUUACAAAUAAAGGUGCAAAGAGCACUGUGUUCUUAAAAGAGGGUUAUAAUGGAUGUAAUUUGAUCCACAAAUGCCCUCUUUUGGUGUUUAGGGAUAAAUUUAUUUCGCUUAUGGGCAGAAGGGACAUAAAUUCAUGUACUGGUGUUCAUCCUAAUCUAUUGCAUGAAAUAAGUUAGUUUAUACUAUGUUGUCCCUUCCUUUAGAAAGGGAUAAUUUGUACAGUUAUGCUUCCAAUAAGCGAAAAUUAUUAAAAUAGUGAAGAUGAAAGAAUGUGAUGUAUGUGCCUAUGUGCAAGUUCUUGUGAUGCAACCAAACAUAUUUCGGCCUUUUGCUUUCGCCUUUCAAUGUUCUCUUAGCUAUACUCCAAAUUGUUAUC